ACAGUAGGUUAGAUUAAUAUCCACAUUUACACGCAUGCGUAGUUACCGGCGUUUCUACUUUCGCACAGUGAUUCCAUGUGCAGACUUAAAACUAUCUUUUGGGGCGUGUGCAUGUAAUUUUGUAAAAAUAUGUCACAAUAUAGAUUAUUAGGUGCUAUUGCGAGUUUUUCGCAUAUUAACAAAAAUGUUGUAGUACGAACAGCAUUAUACAAAUCAAUAAGAGCAAUGAGUACCCAAGUAAAUACAAAACAUUUGAGAUACAAAGUUGUAGAUAAUGUAGCAGUUCUUACUUUAGAUUCUCCAGGAGUUAAGGUAAACACCUUAAAUCGAGAAAUAAUGGAUGAAAUUGUGGAUGUUCUAAAAACUGUACAACAUAAUUCUGCUGUAAAUUCAGUAGUUCUUAUAAGUGGAAAACCAGGAUGUUUUAUUGCUGGUGCUGAUAUUACUAUGAUACAACGUUUUAAGACUUCAGAAGAUGGUUAUAAAAUAUCUUCUGAUGGUCAAAAAGUUUUAGAGGCAAUAGAAAAAAGCCAAAAGCCAGUUGUAGCUGCAAUCCAAGGCAGUUGUUUAGGAGGAGGUCUUGAGGUAGCCAUGGCGUGUCAUUAUCGACUUGCUGUAAAUGAUCAAAAAACUAAUUUAGGUUUACCAGAAGUAAUGUUAGGUCUUUUGCCUGGUGCAGGUGGUACACAAAGAUUAUCUCAAUUAACUUCACUUUUUAAUGCUCUAGAUAUGACUCUUACUGGCAAAAAUCUUAAAGCAAUUAAAGCUAAGCAAGUUGGACUUGUAGAUAUUUUAGUAAACCGUCUUGGUCCUGGUAUUGGAACACCAGAAGAAAAUACUAUGAGAUAUUUAGAAGAAACUGCUAUUAGAGCUGCAAAAGAUCUUGCAAAUGGAACAUUAAAAAUUGAUCGAAGCCCUAAAACAUUGAUGGAUAAAGUUAUGAAUUUUGCUUUAUCCUAUGAGUUUGUAAAAAAUCAAGUAUUUACCAGAGCAAAAAAUGAAGUAAUGAGAAAGACUGGGGGAUUGUAUCCUGCACCUCUUAAAAUCUUAGAUGUAAUACGAACUGGUAUGGAUAAGGGACAAAAAGCUGGUUAUGAAGCAGAGGCAAAAGCCUUUGGUGAACUAGCAGUUACACCUCAGUGUAGGGGUCUUACAAGUUUAUUCUUUGGACAAACAGCAUGUAAAAAAAAUCGUUUUGGGGCACCCAAAAGUGCUGUUAAAAAAAUUGCCGUUGUUGGUGCUGGUCUUAUGGGAGCAGGUAUUGUUCAAGUAAGCAUAGAUAAAGGUUUUAAUGUAAUUAUGAAAGAUACAAAUGAGGCGGGUUUAUACCGUGGUCUUAAUCAAGUACAAAAAGGAUUGGAUACUGCAGUGAAACGAAAGAAGUAUUCCAACGUUCAAAAAGAUAAAUAUCUUUCUCAACUUGAUUCCACAUUAGCCUAUAAUUCAUUUAAAAAUGCAGAUAUUGUAAUUGAAGCUGUAUUUGAAGAUAUUGCGAUUAAACAUAAAGUUAUAAAAGAAAUUGAGGCAAAUACUCCAGAUUAUUGUGUACUCGCAACAAAUACAUCAGCAAUUCCUAUUACUGAAAUAGCUGCUGGUAGUAGCCGUCCAGAUAAGGUGAUUGGAAUGCAUUACUUUUCUCCAGUAGAUAAAAUGCAAUUGUUAGAAAUAAUAACACAUAAAGGUACGUCCGCUGAAACUAUUAAAACUGCAGUUGAUGUAGGUUUAAAACAAGGAAAAACAGUUAUUACUGUUGGGGAUGGUCCUGGAUUUUAUACAACAAGAAUUCUGUCUGCUAUGUUAUCUGAAGCUAUUAGAUUAAUGCAGGAAGGUGUGGAUCCUAUAGAUCUAGAUAGUAUGUGUAAAAAGUUCGGCUUUCCUGUUGGAGCAGCUACUUUAUCAGAUGAAGUCGGCAUCGAUGUUGGCGCUCAUAUAAGUGCGCAUCUUGUAAAGGCACUAGGUGAACGUUUUAGAGGUGGAGAUGUAAAUAUACUCAGUGACAUGGUUCAAGCUGGUUUUCUAGGAAGAAAGUCCGGCAAGGGAAUAUAUAUAUAUGAAUCUAAUGUUAAGAACAGAAAUAUGAACCUUGCGGCAUUAGACAUUUUGAAGAAAUACAAACUUGAACCAAAAGGAAGUACAUCCGUCGAAGAUCGUCAGUUAAGAAUGGUGUCUCGAUUUGUUAAUGAAGCAGUACUUUGUUUAGAAGAAAAUAUUUUGGCUAAUCCGUUGGAGGGUGAUAUAGGCGCUGUUUUUGGAUUAGGAUUCCCUCCAUUCACUGGUGGGCCUUUCCGUUGGAUAGAUUUUUACGGUGCUGAUAAAUUAGUACAAAAAAUGGAAGAAUUUCAAAGCCACUAUGGUGACGCAUUUAAGCCAUGCCAAAUGCUACGUGAUAUGGCAUCUGAUCGAAGCAAAAAGUUUUAUAAAUGAAAAAUUUAAUAGAUUUGUAAGAGAAGUGUUUAUAUAAUGCUAAAGCUUUAAAACUACACUUGAAAUUAAAAAAAUUUUAUAUUUGCCUAAAAACUACUAUAAUAUUUAGGAGUACUAUAUUUUUUGAUAAAUAUAUAUGUUGAGAUGGUUCUAGUGAUUAAUUUUAAACUUCCUUAAACUAUCAAUCCAAACUAGUUAUGUAUCUAGUAUAAGAUUUUUAUACUUUAUAACAAGAAUAUUUUCAUAAUAUGUAACAAUAAUGUUUAUUUUUGCAGUAUGUAAUACGAACAAAAUGUACAUAUGCGCUUUAUUUUGAAACGCAAAAUAUACUCUUUUUACUGUUUAUAAAAUUGUGCAAUGUAAUUUAUUAAAGGAAAUUUUAAUAACAA